AACUACAUUGAUCAGGAUGCCGAUGACGAUGAUGAUGAUGAUGAUGAAGAAGAUGAACUUGAUGAUGGAGUCGAUGAAAUUACAGGUGCCCUAACUGGUGAUGAUGAUGAAGCCGAUGACGAGGAGGAGGAUGAUGAUGACGAUGAUAUUAUUGGUGAUGAUGUGAUCGAGGCCCGUCGUGAAGAUGUGAGUCCCAAACAACAACAACAGCUAAGAAACAUACCACCAGCAAAAAAUCAACAACAUUUGAUACAUCACAUCGAACACGCGAUACCAACAUGUUCAGGUGAAUUGAAAAACAAUAUCAUUGAUAUGUCCGGUGACGCCUUCCAGGAACGUAAUAAUCAAUUCGUCGAUGCCAUAUUCGCUCGUAUCAAUCGUAUUGUAUCCGAUAACUAUGACCCAUUUGUCGUGCAAUUGACUGGUCGUUCGGCCGCCAUUCACAAUACACCAAAUGGUGGUGGCGCGUCAUCGACGAAAAGCGGCAUUCCCAACCGGAACAAGGAGCAACAAAUCACACAUAAAACAAAGACCGCAAAGCCACAAGCCACCAAUACAUCAAUUAAGAAGUUAAAAAAUACCAAAUCGGAACCACGUAGCAGCAGUGCAAAUACAGACAGCAUCGACAAUUUGCCAAAGGACAAUCAAGAGACUGAAAAAGCCAAGUUGCAACAACAAUUGGAGCAAUUGCAGGCCCACCAACAAACCCUAAAAGCCACGGAACAAAUUGAAAAUAAUGUAUCUGGUCAGGAGGAGCAAAACAGUGAUACAACAGCAGCAGUCGCAUCAACAUCAGGCGAAAAGAAAGUCGUCGGCACAGAAUUGAGACCGGAAACGCGCACAGUACAUGCCAACAACGUUGUCAAAUCGGGAAAUCAAAAGAAAGCCACAACAAAAGCUCACAAACAAAAUUCGAACAAAAAAGUCCAUAAUGGCAAUUCAGCUGCGGCAGCGGGACCAGCAUCGGGCAGCAAGGGAACAAGUAACAAGCUAAAACUGAAAUCCACAAUCACAAAUAAAAAUGACAAGUCACCACAACAUGGUGGUAAGGAUGGCAGCGGUGAUUUCCAAAAGGCCGAAGGCAGUCUAUCGGGAUUGGCAUCAUUGAAACGUGUCGGCAAUGUGAAAGUGGUGACCGAUCCGGAAGGACGCAAUUCAACCAUUAAGGCAAAGUUCACUUUGGGUCCACUCAUAUUACGUGUCGAGAAAUCAUUCAAACGUGGUGGUGUUGAGAAUGUUAAGAGUGCUACGGCACGCACCAAUGAAAUGAUCGGACGCAUUAAAUUUAGUGUCGUCAAUGAUCGUGCCACAUUAAUGUCCAUUAAGGUGCAACAACCGAAACAGGUUGAAGUGGAAAGCAAAGACAACCAUGACCGUACCAGAGAAUUUGUUUGGCGCCGUACACCUAAAAUAGCCAAAUUGGUCAACGAAAAGCUUAAAAUCGCAGCCGAAACAUUCUUUGCACCACAGGGCGUAGAAGUUGUAAGAUUGUAG